AGAUUCUUCGUCAUUUCCGGGAUCGUGUGUUAUGCUAUGAACUGAAUCUGAAAAGUGAAACAAUGGUUACACCCGAACUGCUUGUCACACCAUUGGGUGCUGGACAGGAUGUUGGUCGAAGCUGUCUGAUGCUUCAAAUGGGCGGUAAAACUAUCAUGCUCGAUUGUGGGAUGCACAUGGGCUUCCAAGAUGAAAGAAGAUAUCCGGAUUUUUCGUAUAUUGGAGAAGGGGACCUAACCAAGAUGAUCGAUUGCGUUAUCAUUACUCAUUUUCAUCUCGAUCACUGCGGCGCUUUGCCGUAUCUCACAGAAAUGGUUGGAUAUUCGGGUCCAAUUUACAUGACGCAUCCCACGAAAGCUAUAUCACCGCUGUUACUCGAAGAUAUGCGGAAAGUUACGAUGGAGUUUAAAGGCGACCAGAAUAUCUUCACGUCUAUGAUGAUCAAAGACUGUAUGAAAAAAGUUACAGCGAUCAACCUUCAUCAAGUGAUAGAAAUUGAGCCAGAUUUCGAAAUCAAAGCUUACUACGCCGGUCAUGUGCUUGGUGCAGCCAUGUUCCAUGUUCGAGUCGGUGAGCGAAGUAUGGUAUACACUGGAGAUUACAACAUGACUCCAGAUCGACACUUGGGUGCUGCUUGGAUUGAUCGUUGCAGACCUGAUUUGCUUAUCACUGAAUCCACGUAUGCUACGACAAUUCGUGAUUCAAAACGUUGUAGGGAACGGGAUUUGCUGCGUAAGGUUCAUGAUUCUAUCGAAAAGGGCGGAAAAGUACUUAUCCCAGUGUUUGCCGUUGGUCGAGCGCAAGAGCUUUGUAUUUUGUUGGAAACAUAUUGGGAACGAAUGAACCUGAAGGUACCCAUUUAUUUCGCUGUUGGUUUAACCGAAAAGGCGAACAACUACUACAAGAUGUUCAUAACCUGGACUAAUGAGAAAAUUCGGAUGACUUUCGUCCAAAGGAACAUGUUCGACUUCAAGCACAUUAAACUGUUCGACAAGUCUUUUGCGGAUAACCCUGGUCCCAUGGUCGUGUUUGCCACACCUGGGAUGUUGCACGGUGGCCUCGCACUUGGACUUUUCAAGAAGUGGGCCCCGAAUGAAACCAAUAUGGUAAUCAUGCCUGGAUAUUGCGUGCAAGGCACUGUUGGGCAUAAAAUUGUAAAUGGAGCGAAACGAGUAGAAAUCGAUGGGCAGUGGAUCGACGUGAAACUGCAAGUGCAGUACAUGUCAUUCUCCGCCCAUGCCGAUGCCAAAGGUAUCAUGCAGCUGAUUCAACACUGUGAACCGAGGAAUGUGAUGUUGGUGCACGGCGAAGGGGAGAAGAUGGAAUUUUUAAAGCGAAAAAUCGAAGAAGAAUUCAAAUUACCUGUAUACAAACCAGCCAAUGGAGAAACAGCUGUUGUUACGAUCCAGCCCACAUUGGUCGCCACAAUAUCCGUGAAUCUCUUAAAAAGAACUCUCAUGACACACCGUGCCUCGGAAUUUGUUUACGACGGCGGCAACGAAAAGGAAAGACCGAUUGAAGCCCUCGAGCCAGGGGAAGAGGAUGAUAGUGAUUUCGAAACCAACCACGAUAUCGGCGAAGCUCGAUCUAGGCCGGUAGGAGAUGAGGAUCUCACGCCUACAGCGAAAAAACCGCAUUUGCUUCGUGGCGUUAUGGUCAUCAAGGACGAGAACAUGUGCUUGUUGGAGAAUGAGAAAGCCUGCAGUGAAGCUGGAAUCAAGCCCCACCAACUGAGAUUUACGAGCAGUGCGUAUGUGAAAGCACCAAUUGCAGUGAAUACCCUUCUUGGGAAAGUACACAAUUUGCUUUCACAACAUGUCAAAAGUUCGUUGCUGAACAUGACGGGCAACUGUAUUACCAUCAAUUCUACAAGUAUCCUUGUCCGCAUUCUGGAUGGAACGGAAGCUGUUGGAGUUAAAACUGUUGUGGUAUCCUGGGCAUACGAGGAUGAGUCCCUUGGAAGUACCAUCAUGGGAUCUCUGAAGAAUUUCACCGCUGCUCUGAAAACUUGAGUGAUUGAUGCAUUAUAUAUGUUUUUUCAGAAACAAAUUUCUUUUGUUUAUCCAGAUUUGCGCAAUUGAGAUUUCUGAAUUACUUGCAAAAAACCACAAAUUUUGCUUUUGAUAAUGUUGGUCUCAAAUAUCUCUCCUGCAACCGAUGUGAUUUUCCGCGAUCUACGAACACCUCUGAUCGAGGGGAUAUUCUUGGUGAUUUUUUUUUUUCAUGCGUG